AUGGAAUCCUUUUUGCUCUUCCUUACUGUCUCCUUAUCUUGGGUUGUUGUUUCUGGUCUUUCUUCAUCUGAGUUCAUAUAUCCAAACUUCACUGCUUCGAAUCUUAGAUUCAUUGAUAGCAGCGGAAGUUUCUUAUUUUCUCGCAAUGGAACAUUCAAAGCUUCCAUGCUUAAUCCUGGUACUCAACAAACGAACUUCUACUUGUGCGUUGUCCACGUGGCGUCCAACAUCAUCAUCUGGUCUGCUAAUCAUGAUGCACCCAUAUCAAAUUCAGGAGAGAUGAGUCUAACUGUCAACGGCAUUGCCAUCACUGAUCGGGACGGCAGUUUCAAAUGGGCAACUCCACCAUUGAAGUCAUCGGUGUCUUUACUACAGCUAACUGAGAUGGGGAGUCUUGUGUUGCUUGAUCAACUAAAUGAGACACUCUGGGAGAGCUUCGAUUACCCAACUGACACAGUUGUGAUUGGACAACACUUGCCUGUUGGCAUAGUGCUAUCCAGUGCUGUUUCAAAUAGUGACUUGUCAACCGGUGAUUACAGGCUUGCAAUUACUGCCUCAGAUGCUAUUCUGCAAUGGCGGGGUAUGACAUACUGGAAAUUGUCCAUGGAUAUUAAUGCCUAUGUGAACUUGAAUUAUGCAGUGGAGUAUAUGGCGUUAAACCAAACUGGCCUUUGGCUGUUAGGGAAAAAUGGAUCUGUGGUCAUUAUUCAGGUGAACUUGUUCCCAUCGGACUUUCGAAUUGCCAAGUUGGAUGACUCUGGACAGUUCAUAGUUAGCAGCUUUCCUGCUGCUGCCCAAAAGCAGGAAUUUGUGGGUCCAGUUGAUGAAUGCCAAAUUCCAUUCAUUUGUGGAAGGAUUGGGUUGUGUGCUGAUGAUACUGCAUCAGAUACUCCCGUAUGUUCUUGUCCAUCUAAUUUCCGUGCUAGUUCACAGAAUACGAAGAGUUGUGUGCCAAGUGAUGAUUUGAAUUCUUUGCCGGUUGCUUGUAAUUCAACCUAUAUCAAUAGUGGUUUGAAUUUGUCAUCAGUCUCAUAUUUGGGGCUUGGCUAUGGCGUGGACUACUUUGCAAAUGAUUUCGCCAUGCCUGUCAAAUACGGUGUAAACUUAUCGACAUGUCAAGAUCUAUGCUCAGCAGACUGCUCUUGCUUGGGAGUAUUCUUUGAAAACUUAUCUGGUUCUUGUUAUGUGCUUGAAAAUGCAUUGGGAUCGAUAAUGUCAAGUACCACAAGUGAUGAUGAUCGGUUAGGAUUUAUUAAAACUUUGGUUAAAGAUUCACCAGCAAACUUUGGUGGUAAUAAUAGUUCUAGUAGUCAAACACAAGAUUUUCCUUUAGUUGCUUUAGUGCUUUUACCAUUCACUGGGUUCUUCCUGUUAGUCGUGAUGGGAUUUUUCUGGUGGAGAAGAUCUAGGCUCGCAAAGACAGGAACGGGAAAAUUAGGCUACCAAACUUCCCCUUCUUCAGGGAACUUGGAUGCCUUCUCUAUCCCAGGAUUGCCAAUAAGAUUUGAAUAUAAAGAGCUUGAUGCUGCUACUGAUAAUUUUAAGACGCAGAUUGGGUCAGGUGGAUUUGGUGCAGUAUUUAAGGGUACACUCCCUGAUAAAUCCCUAGUGGCAGUAAAGAAGAUCACCAGUUUAGGUGUUCAAGGGAAGAAUGAGUUCUGCACUGAGAUCGCAGUUAUUGGAAAUGUGCACCAUGUCAAUUUGGUCAAGUUGAAAGGAUUUUGUGCUGAGGGAAGACAAAGACUGUUGGUUUAUGAGUAUAUGAAUCGUGGUUCUUUAGACCGCUCCCUUUUUGGUAAUGGACCAGUCUUAGAAUGGCAGGAAAGGGUCGAAAUAGCUCUUGGAACGGCGCGUGGGCUUGCAUACUUGCACAGAGGUUGUCAACAAAAGAUUAUCCAUUGUGAUGUCAAGCCUGAGAAUAUUCUCCUACACGAUCAUUUCCAUGCAAAAAUUUCUGAUUUUGGGCUCUCAAAGCUUCUAACCCCUGAACAAUCAAGUCUAUUCACAACAAUGAGGGGCACUCGUGGCUACCUCGCUCCUGAAUGGCUUACCAACUCUGCAAUCUCAGACAAAACUGAUGUUUAUAGUUUUGGAAUGGUUCUAUUUGAACUUGUAAGUGGAAGGAAAAACUGCUCUCCACGAACACAAAGCCACAGCAUGGACAAAGAUAAUAGUGGUUGUGGCCACUCAUCUUCUUCAUCAGGAAGAGGACUUGUUUAUUUCCCUUUAUAUGCAUUGGAGAUGCAUGAGCUAGGACGGUACUUGGAACUUGCUGAUCCAAGGCUUGAGGGGCGGGUCAAUAGUGAAGAGGUGGAGAAGUUGGUCCGCGUGGCUUUGUGUUGUGUUCAUGAGGAACCUGCACUGAGGCCAAAUAUGGUUAGUGUUGUUGGCAUGUUGGAAGGAGAUUUUCCUUUGAGUGAACCAAUAGUGGAAUCUUUGAAUUUCUUGCGCUUUUACGGGCGUCGGUUCGCUGAGGCUUCCACAAUAGAAGAGACCAAUGGGCAGAGUGAUACUAUGUUGUAUCAACAAGCAAAUACUGCUUGUACAAGCUCAAUAAGUGGCUCAAAUGUUAUUUUGUCUUAUGUUUCAUCACAGCAAAUCUCAGGAGCAAGAUAGGUGUUCAGUUGCUGAGGUUUUUAGAGUGUUUAGUUUUUUGUGGAUAAGAUAAUUAUGUACUUUGUACUUAACUUGGACAUUGUAUUCUAUGUUAAC